UUAAAGCUUCAAAUAUAGCAAAAGUAUACAAAAUAAUUUCAACAAAUUAAACAAAUAACAACAAAUUUUGUGUGUAAAUAUUUUUUGUAUAAAAUCAAAAUUAAUUUCCGUCGCAUAAAGAUAUUUUCAAAACUGGAUUAUAAUAAAUCCGACGAUAUUGGAUCUCUACAGGAAAAUAAUUCAGGCAUAACCAACAAAAUGGUUAAGCGCACUGAUGGUUCAGAAUCUCCCACAUUAGCGGAAUCAGAUGCAGAUGGUCAUGAGAAACCACGUGUAAAAUAUGGAGAACUAGUUAUAUUGGGUUACAAUGGUUAUUUGCCUCAAGGUGAUCGUGGUCGCAGACGUUCUAAAUUCGUGUUAUACAAACGCUGUGAACCCAGUGGUGUUAAACGUUCCAAACAUUAUAUUGUCCAAUCACCACAAACAUCUAAAGCCAUACUCGAUGCCAAUCAACACUCAAUAUCAUACACAUUAUCACGGAAUCAGGCUGUUAUAGUCGAAUAUAAAGAAGAUACAGAAACCGAUAUGUUUCAGGUUGGCCGCUCCUCAGAGUCGCCCAUUGAUUUUGUUGUAAUGGAUACACUGCCUGGUGAUAAAAAAGACGCAAAAGUAAUGCAGAGUACAAUAUCACGUUUUGCAUGUCGUAUCUUGGUCAACAGAUGUGAACCCUCAAAGGCGAGAAUAUUUGCAGCCGGUUUCGAUUCGAGUAGGAAUAUAUUCUUGGGUGAAAAGGCUACUAAAUGGCAAGAUAAUGUGGAAAUAGAUGGCCUUACAACAAAUGGUGUUUUAAUCAUGCAUCCAAAGGGUCAAUUUUGCGGUGGCAAUGCCAAAUGUGGUCUAUGGCGUGAAUGUUCUGUGGGUGGCGAUGUCUUUAGUUUGCGUGAAUCACGCUCAGCCCAACAAAAAGGACAACCGAUAUAUGAUGAAUCAAAUAUAUUACAAGAUGGCACUUUAAUUGAUUUAUGCGGUGCUACUUUAUUAUGGCGUUCUUCAGAUGGUCUACAACAUUCACCGACCAAACGUGAUUUGGAGAAACAGAUUGAUGAAAUCAAUGCUGGUCGCCCUCAAUGUCCUGUUGGCCUUAACACUUUAGUUAUACCCCGUAAAGUUAACAUUGGUGAUCAAAUUAAUCAGCCUUAUGUGUACUUAAAUUGUGGUCAUGUUCAAGGUCAUCAUGAUUGGGGCCAAGACAAAAGUACUGGCGCCCGCCGUUGUCCCAUGUGUCUGGAAGUUGGUCCGGUUGUUACACUGUGCAUGGGUUUAGAGCCAGCUUUUUAUGUAGAUAUUGGUCCACCAACAUUUGCAUUUAAUCCAUGUGGUCAUAUGGCAACUGAAAAAACGGUCAAAUAUUGGGCUAAUGUUGAUAUACCACAUGGUACAAAUGGUUUUCAAGCUGUUUGUCCAUUUUGUGCGACGCCCCUUGAUGGAAAUUCCGGUUAUAUUAAAUUAAUUUUUCAAGAUAAUUUAGAUUAAAAUAAUAUGUAUAGUAAUUAAAACAAACAAAAAAAGAAAGAAAGUAAAAUUGCAAAAAACAAAUUGAAAAAUUAAAGAAAACAAAUAAUCCAUAGGCUUUAUUUUUCUAAAAAAAAAACAAUUAAUAAUGAUAAACAAAACAACAAAUCCAAAAACAAAAAUAAUAAUGAAUUAAUUAAUAAUAUUUACAAAUUAUUUUUUAAAAUAUCAAGAAAAAAAACAAAGUUCUAUUUAUAUACAUACAACAUACAACAAAAUAUACAACAUACAUACAUAUAGGAAACAAAUACAAAAAUAAAUAAAAAAAAACACAUUAAUACAUACACAUCUUCUUUAAACAUUAAAAAUUAAACAAAAAAAAUUUAAAAUUUAGAUUAUGAUUAUGAUAAAUUAAAAACAUUUAAAUGCAUACAUUAAAUAAUCAAGUCAUUAUUUGAGUUAAAGUCAAAUACGUUUCACAACUAUAAAUAUUUUAAAUAAAAUUUAGGAAAUUCUCAAAAAUUUACGAUAAAUCUCAAUUAUCUAAGUAUUAAAAUUAUUGACAGCACUCGGUUAUAAUGCAAUUUGGUUAUGGAUAGUUAUUGGCAAUUAGCAAAUAUUUUCAUUGGAAAACUAUCUAUAACUCUUGAACAUUUUUUAUAGAAAAUUAUCGUCAACUCUAUGUUAUCGACAUUUUUGAAUAGAAAAUUAGUUACCGAAACAUUUUCAAUAGAAAAUUCUCGAUAAGUCUCAGUUAUCGAAUAUUUUUUGUAGACAAUUAUCGAUAACUCUCAGUUAUCGAAUAUUUUUUGUAGAAAAUUAUCGUUAACUGUCUGUUAUCGAAUAUUUUUUGUAGAAAAUUAUCGAUAACUCUCUGUUAUCGACAAAUUUUUACAGAAAAUUAUCGAUAACUCUUAAUUAUCGAAACAAUUUUAUAGAAAAUUAUCAAUGACUCUCUGUUAUCGAACAUUAUCAAUAGAAAAAUAUCGAUAACUCUCGGUUAUCGAAUAUUUUUCAUACAAAAAUAUCGAUAACUCUCAGUUAUCGAACAUUUUCAAUAGAAAAUUAUCGAUAACUCUCAGUUAUCGAACAUUUUCAAUAGAAAAUUAUCGAUAACUCUCAGUUAUCGAACAUUUUCAAUAGAAAAUUAUCGAUAACUCUCAGUUAUCGAAUAUUUUUAAUAGAUAAUUGUCUGAUAUCGAACUUUAUUUUCCAAAAAUUGUUGAUUACUCUCAGUUAUUGAACAUUUUUUAUAGAAAAAGUUACCGAACCUUUUCAAUGGAUAAUUAUCGAUAACUGUGAUAUUGAACUUUCAUUAACAAAAUUAUCGAUAACUCACAGUUAUUCAAUACAAAAUAGAAAACUUUCAAUAAAUCUAAGUUAUCGUAAAUUGUGUAUGAAAAAUUAUCGAUAACUCUCAGUUAUCUAAAACAGAAAUGAUAGCUGCCAGUUGCCAUCUCUAAUACCAUUUGAGCAACUGAAGUUCGGUUGCCAUCGACCCAAAAAGCUUUUUAUAGAAAAUUAUAGCAUUGUAGUUCACACAUUUCGUGAAAUUUUUAGUUUUUAUAGUUUGAAACGUGUUUUAUUCUAAAACUAUCAAAAAAUUAACAAUUUCAUUUAAAACAGUAAAGAAACGUAUUUCUAAAAAUUACCUAAAAUCAGUAUCUAAUGUUGGUUAUUUAAAAACUAAAUUCAACUUUCAGGGGUACGAAAAUAUGAAAUCAAUUUGAAAGUGAUACAAACAUUAGCCUUGUGCUGGCUGUAACAAAAAAUUUAUUAAAACAUUUUCAAGUUUUUAGAAUAACUUCUAUGAAAAUUUGUAACAGUUUCUUGUUACUGAACAAAGUAUUAUUUUCACCUCUGUAAUUCAAUUGUUUGUCGGAACUUAAGUUUUUCGUAACUGAUUUACUUUUUAGAAAAUUGUCUUAAAUGUCACUGUUAAUUUUGUCUCUAUAAUAAUGCAUAAAUUAUACAAAUUAUCUUCAUACUCUCAUACAAAUCAUAACUAAAUUGGUAUAAAAUAUUAAACUAAAAAAUUUUGUAAUUAUAAAUUGUAAAAAAAAACUAAAACAUAAUUGAUAAUAGAUAUUUUGUAGUAAAAAUCAUAUACAUACAUACAAACAUAAAACAAACAUACAUACAUACAACAUAUACAUUUAAUUUUUCUAAUUUAAAUUAUAUGAAAUUGUAAAAGAAAACAACAACAACAAAACAAAAAUAAUAAAAACGAAAUGCCUUGAAGAAUUUUUUUGUACAACUCUUACGUUUGUUUCGAAAAAAAGAAGAAAAAAAAAACACACACAACAAAUUCUUUUGAUUUUUCCAAAUUUUAUUAUAUUAAAAAAACAAAACUAAAGAUAAUAAAUAAUACAAAAAAUAACUAUUUGUUGCUAAAAAGUAAACUCACCCAUGAUGAUGCUCUAUUGAAUGUAAAAGUAUAAAAAAACCAAAUAAUUUUUUGUCUGCUCUUUAAAUGAAAACCAAGUAUUAAAUGAAUGUUAUUAAGCCUAAAUAAGAAUUUAUCAAAAUUUGUAUAAAUAUUUAAAAAAAAAAGAAUAAUUCAAUUCAAAACUUAAAAAAGAAAAAACAAACUAAGAAUUUGUUUCAUAAAAAAUAAUGAGAAAAACAAAUUAACCUAAAGGCGUGUUACAUAUAUUUUUUCUCUUAAAUAUUUCUAUAUAGUAUAAUUUAACCACAAAUCACGAUAAUGAAACAAAUAUUGUCCAAAAAACAAAGUCAACAAACAAAAUAUUUAAGAAUAUUUUUAAAAAUCCCCAUAAAGGCCGCAUUUGAGCUGUUAAACAUAAAAAGUUUAAAGAAAUUUUGUUUUUAAACAUUAUUCAUUUUCAACUUUGUUGAAUUUAUUGAAAAACAUUUUGUUUUGUGUUAUUUUAUAAUUUUUGCCUUAAAUCUUUUUAAAAGUUUCUUUUUUUAUAUGUAGUAUUUGUAAUUUUAUUUUUAGCUAUUAAUUUCAAUUACAAAUCAAUUAAAGUAUUUAGUGGUUAAGCUUUAUGAUUUUUUCUAUACAAUUAUUAUUUUAUAUUAAAAUUUAUAUUUUUAUUUAUACAUUUACAUAUACAUAUAAUUAAAUUGUACUACCUACCAACAAAUGAAAUCAUUAUUAUUUUGUUGCAUUAAUAAACUUAUUUUUUUAAUUUGUCCUGUAUUUUUCCUUUCAUUUCUUUUAUUUUUGCAAAUUUAGUUUAAUGCUAAGUUUAAAUUUCAAUAAUUAAGCCAUAAUUGUUUAAGUUGUAAUAACAAAAAGAAAAACUUAAAAACAAAACAUGAAAAUAAAUAUAAAAUCUAUUUAUACCAAGAAAUAUUUCAAACACCAUACAAAUCGAAAUCAGUUAAACAAAACCAAUUAAAGAUAAUGAUUUUUCUUUCAUUAAAUUAUUGUCUGUUUUUGAAUAACUGUUGCUUUAUAACGAACAUAUUUAAUUAAUUAAAACAAAUUAAAAGAAAAAACCUAAAUAAUUUAUAUUCAAAAUCGAUUUAUAUAUAAAUAUAUGGAAAAAAAUAUACAAAUAUUAUAUAUAAAAUAAAAUUAACAAAUAUAAAUUAAAAAGAAAAACAAAUCAUCCUUAUAAUGAAAUAUCGUUAGUAAUAGUAAUUGUAAUUAAUUAAAACAUAAAACAAAAUAAACAAAAACCAAUUAUGGAAUUAUAAAAUAAAGAUCAAAUGAACUGAAAUAAAGUAAUAAAACAAAAUAUAUUAUAAAAAAAAAUAAAACAAAAAACAA